UUAGCAAGCGAAAAGAUUGAGCCGGCGAUUACUACGGAGGAUGGCAAACAGGUUAACGAAACGUAUCCUGCAGUGACAAAAAUAAUUAGAAUCGCUAGGGGUCCUCGUUGACACGUACAGAUUAUUUGGAUAACUGACAUACCGCGACAUUAUUUAGUAUGAGGUCCAGGUGGAUUGAGGUUACAGGUGACUGCUGAGAGAGUGCGCGCGAACUUUGCCAUAAUAUUUGUUUGUUGAUGUUUGAUCAGGCGACUCAUGAAUGGGAUAAUGUGGCUGCUAGUGACAUUGCUGUGUCGACAGGAAAGCGCGCGGCAGGUAAAUUAUUAAAUAGUCCAGGUACAGGGCUGGGUCAGCAGCGCCAGUAAACGUAAGCUGCGUGUCAACGUCACAGGCAUCGUGUCUGAAUUCAACUCAACAAAGCGAAAGAAAAAGAGCACAGGAGAAUGGCCAGUUGGACCAUGUGGUUGAUGACCGUGCUGGUCAGCUUGACCACCCUGGUGUUGGUCAGCUGGGUGCUGGACAUCAUCAAGCGCUGGAGGAUGCCACCUGGACCCUUCUUCUGGCCAAUCAUCGGCAACCUCUUCUUGUUUGGAGGCCAGUUCUACCUGACGUUUAUCGAGCUGGGUAAGAAGUACGGGGACGUGUUCAGCCUGAAGCUGGGCAUGAGGGACGUGGUGGUGCUCAACAGUCUGGAGGUCAUCAGGGAGGCUCUGGUGAAGAAAGGGGCAGACUUCGCAGGCAGGACCCAAACUGUGACAGGUGACUUGAUGUCAGAAGGUAGGAAGAACAUUGCCCAGGGUGACUUCACCCCAACAUGGAAGCUACAGAGGAAACUUUUCACUGGUGCUAUUAGAGCUUACGCCACAGGGCAUGCCUUAGAAGACCAUGUCCAGGGAGCUCUGAAUGACAUCAUUGCUGAGUUCUCCAGUCUGGAGGGGAAACCUGUGGAUGUAGAAGGACACAUUUUCAAACUGGUCUGCAAUGUGUCCUGUUCAGCUAGCUUUGGUUACAGGUAUAAGAUGGAAGACCCAGAUUUUCAGAACUUGUUAAAGAUCAGCCAAGACUUCCUGGAGAUUGGUUCCCAGGGGAUGCUGGCUGAUAUCUAUCCAUCUCUCAGCUUCAUACCAACACCAACCAAGACAACCCUCACUAAAAUGUUUGGUACCUUCCUGGAGUACUUCAAGCGUCAACUGGACCAGCACUUGCAGACCUUUGAUCCAGAGAACCUGCGUGACAUCACAGAUCACUUCAUCAAGCUUCAGAAGGAGGCAGAGGAGGGAGGAGACAAGGACAUCAGCUCUCUGACUGAUACACACAUCCGACAGACUGUUGUAGAUAUCCUUGCUGGAGCUAUUGACACACUGGUGCAAACCAUGCGCUGGUCCCUCCUACUCCUGGCUGCACACCCUGAGGUACAGGAGAAGCUGGCAGCUGAACUGGACAGCAUCGUGGAACAGCACAGGCAGCCUGCACUGUCGGACCGCACUGCCCUGCCAUACAUGGAUGCUACAAUCAACGAGAUUCUGCGGUUUGGGAUUGUGGCCCCGAUAGCUGUUCCUCACACUACAACUGUGGACACUUCCCUGAGGGGCUACAAGAUCCCCAAAGGCACCUGGGUAAUGCCCAACCUGUGGAACGUUGUGCGUAAUCCCGUGAUCUGGGGUGAUCCUGAAGUGUUCCGCCCUGAACGCUUCCUGGAUGACGAUGGGAAAGUCUUACCUAAACCAUCUGCACUCCUGCCUUUCAGUGCUGGUCGGCGAGCCUGUCCAGGUGAACCCAUGGCCAGGGCUGACAUGUUCCUCAUGCUGGGGGGACUGGUGCAGAAGUUCAAGUUCAGCCUGCCGGAGGGGGAGGGGCCACCUGACCUCACCCCGGAUCCCAAGGGUGCCGGCCUCUUCAGUCUGGCUUCUCCCUACAAGGUGGUGAUGACCCGCAGGAAGUAAAUAGAUUCAGUGACCCAGGAAGUGAAUGGUUUUAACACAGUAACCUUAAUCUUCUGGAUGUUGUAAAAUGCUAUCUGGCACACUGCUGUAACUUAAUCAAAUAGUCAGCAAAAGAGUAUCAGCAUUCAACAACUUUGUGAAAUGUAAGGGAAUUUACAACUUUGACACUACAGAGUAUCAAAAAUCAUGCUUGACACUCCUAAUCGUUGAUGCUUUAAGAAUCUCUUCUAAAGUGUCUUAACAAAUUUUUAAUACAACAUAUGAACAUUUCAUCAAGGAAAAGUCAUAGAAGAUAUAUAGGAUUGGCUUAAAGUGUAAAGACAAGAUGGCAUUCAAUACUCCUUAAGGUUUGGUUGUAAGAAGAAAGUUGAGAUGGGAAAUGCUGUUGUUUUUGGAACUUAGACUACAUAGAAUUACGUAGUUGUUUUAAAAAGCUAUAUUUAAGUGUAGUAAAGACAAGAUGUGAUGAGCUUUCUUAUAUUCUGUAACUAAUAUUGCCUUGGAUCGGAAUUAAUUAGCAUAAACUGUAAAUAUUGAAUUAUGAAUAAUUUAUUUCUCGACCAGAGAAAGAUUUUAUAUCUUAUUUUUAUCUUAAUAGAAAGAGAGAUGUUAUAUAGUAGUACGAAGUCAGUAAGGGAAUUUGGUGUUAUACUACAUUGAUUGCUUUAUCAUGGUCAUUGUACAUUUCUAAAAAAAGAACAAAUAAUAGUGUCUGUGGUAUCAUACAAAAAGCUUGUUUCAUUUGUUCUGAAGUCAUAGGAAGACGUGUGUAAUACUAUUAUAAUGGCUGCUUACAAUUUUCUUUUGAACAGCCUGUUCAGCACCAAGGACAGUACCAAGUCAGAAAUCAUCAUCAUCUGCAGUGAUACGUUGGUAAAUUUCUUUGUUACAUGUGUAGCUCUGAUUUUGUUAGAAUGUGUUAGGUAAGUUGUAGUGUUGAUAGUAAGACUGUAUGAGAUUCAGGUAUUACAAUACAAAA